AUGCAUCCUUCUGGCAUUGCGGCCAUGCUUCGUACUGGAGCCCGUAGAUUCUCAUCGGCCAAUGUCAAGCCGUUGACUGGAAGGGCUCAAAACCGAUCUUGUGGCACCUUCUUCAUCGGCGUGCAAGACCGCUGCAUGUACUCACACACCUUCCACUUCAGUGGCAGUGAGCCAUUUACUACUGGCUGUACGGCUGUGGUCCAGGUCAAAGUUUUCGGCAGGUCUUUGGGCGAAGGUGAUGUCUUGAUGGACAUCAGCGUCGGCCAGCAGUUGCUGAGGGAGAUCAUGAUGCGCUACGACCACAAGAACCUAGACAUGCUGGAGGAGUUUCAAAAUCCGCGCCGGAAUACUACAGUCGAGGUCAUGGCAGAGGCUGUCCACCGGCAGUUCCUGUCUGGCCUAAAGCAGCAUUUGGCGGAGGAAGCAGCGCAGGGCAAAGCCCUCGGCUCCAUCUCCAAAGUUGAGGUGGUCGUCAAGGAAAGCGACGUUGCAUUUGCCGGUUUUGCGGCAGAUGUGGAUGUCACCAGCUUGGGUCCAGAGUGCAUGACCAGCGUGCGGUACCGGUCUCUCUCCAAUGUCUCAGAGGCUGACGCAGACUCGAAAGGCGAAGCAGCCGCACAACUGAGUGUCUGGGGCGAGCGCUUGCUGGCUGAGGCGCGCUCCUCAACCGCAUGCCAGCGCGUGCAAACUGACACCGAUGAUGCAGAGUCCGGUGGAGCACAGGAGGUAGAUAGCCUGGCCAUUGCUGAAGAGGCCCCAAUUGAGCGAUGCCAAGCUGUCGAGAGAAGACGCAUCGAUUGCAUGUGUGGCAUACCGGCCCCAUCGUACAGCAGGGGUCCAAAGUUCCCCCGUGCCUGCGACGCCGGCUUGCUAGAGGCGCUGCCCGCCACUGGCAGCUCCUGGUCCUUGCCCAACAUGUUUGGAAACGGUGCGAUGCAUUGGUUCUCUUCAUCCAGCAGUUCAAGACGCUCUCAGCGCAAGCCGCUGCGUGGGAAGGUUGUGUUCUGGGGCAAUCUACACGAG